AUGGGAAACAACAACUCCAGUCAAGGCGGAUCUGGCUCCAAGGGCUCCGGUUCUGCCGGGCCUGACGGUCCCCUCCAGUCUUACCCAUCAUUCAGCAGGUCUGACACUAAGGAAUCAUCGCGCUCGUUUCGAUCACUGGGAUCCAAGAUUCGUGGAAGCAAGUCGGAUAGCCCAAGGAACUCACAGGUUCUGUCAAACGGUGACACUGCAACCGAAACAAAGACCGAAGAAAGGCGAUCCAGUAGGCAUGGACGUUCAAGUUCUUCCCGACUGAGCCGUAGCGAGCUUCCCCCGCUCAACACCGCCGAGACGGACAUGUCAGCAGCAUCCGAGUCUGCCCUCGCAGAUUCGGCCGUUGGCGAAGACCAGCCACCCCCAUCUCCCGUUCAAGGCAACGCCAAGGGCGGCACCCACGAUGUCAGCGCUGCGCAAGCAUCGGGAGAAGUCGACCAUGUUUCGGACCAGCCUCCGUCUGUGAACGCCGGAGCCACCACUGCGCACAUGCAGGCUCCAGGCCAGUCCAUUCUGGUGAAGCGAGAAAACACCAUCAAUCCAGUCAACAACGGCCCUUCCGCCGACAAGAGCGAAGGCAACUCUAAUGUUGCCAUGUCAGAGAUCAAGGAUAUCGAUCUCGACGACUUCAUCAAGCGACUCUUGGACGCGGGCUACGCUGGAAAGGUUACCAAGAGCGUCUGCCUCAAGAAUGCCGAGAUUGUUGCAAUUUGCCAGAGGGCCAGGGAAGUCUUAUUGACACAGCCUGCUCUUUUGGAGCUGGAUGCGCCAGUCAAGGUUGUGGGUGAUGUCCACGGCCAGUAUACUGAUGUUAUCCGCAUGUUCGAGAUGUGCGGAUUCCCUCCCAACUCAAACUAUCUCUUCCUUGGUGACUAUGUUGAUCGAGGCAAGCAGUCUCUAGAGACUAUCCUCCUGCUCCUUUGUUACAAGCUCAAGUUCCCCGAGAACUUCUUCCUCCUCCGUGGAAACCACGAGUGCGCCAACGUUACGCGAGUGUAUGGCUUCUACGAUGAAUGCAAGCGAAGAUGCAACGUCAAAAUCUGGAAGACGUUUAUUGACUGCUUCAACACUCUGCCAAUUGCUGCUAUUGUCGCUGGCAAGAUUUUCUGUGUUCACGGAGGCUUGUCGCCAGCGCUUGUUCACAUGGACGAUAUUCGAAACAUUGCUCGACCAACGGACGUUCCCGACUAUGGACUACUCAAUGAUCUUCUCUGGUCAGACCCUGCAGACAUGGAGCAGGAUUGGGAAGCCAACGAGCGAGGAGUCAGUUAUUGUUUCGGUAAACGAGUCAUUACGGAGUUUUUAGCAGUGCACGAUUUCGAUCUCAUUUGUCGUGCGCACAUGGUGGUUGAGGACGGCUAUGAAUUCUUCAACGAUAGGGUUCUCGUAACGGUCUUCAGUGCCCCCAAUUACUGCGGCGAGUUUGACAACUGGGGCGCCGUUAUGUCGGUUUCCGCCGAGUUACUCUGUAGUUUUGAGCUGCUCAAGCCUCUCGAUUCAAGCGCGCUCAAGAGUCACAUCAAGAAGAGCCGAAACAAGCGACAGCAUAUGCUCAACAGUCCGCCCGCUUUAAUCCAACCUCAGAGCAUGUAG